AUGAUUGGACAAGAAUUUUUGGAGAAAAUUGGUUUACAAAAAGGAGAGCCAGUACCUUCAUAUGAGCUGAACAAAACUACAAUACGAGUGCUCCAUGAUCUGAUGCAGAAAAAUAGGUCUAUAGAUGAGGAUACACAGCUUGUGAUCGCAGACCUACGGCAGAAAACACAGGAAUAUAAUGCUGAAGCCGGAAGACUGGAGCAUGUCCUGAAAGGCGUUGGCCUGACCUCCUCCGUGUUGUCACAGUCGGGGGUAAUGAGCCUGAGAACUCUGGCUAAUGUUGCCUUACUUCUACAGAUCAAGGAUAUAUCUGAUACCAAUUAUAUGCUGGCUUUACAAGCCCUGCAAGAUGAACUGUACAAAACAGAGGAAAGUUAUCGCCAAGAACAGACAACUCUGCAGGAUCUCAGGGACAAAUCUAAGAAUGCUCUCCAGAAAUAUAAUACUAUCAAAAGGAGCCUAGCUGUGCUACAGCAACAGGCCAAGAGUCAACACCCAGAGAUGGCGGGAAAGGCAAAAGAAACAGUCUUCUCACGUAGCAAAGCCAAAGAGUACAAGGAAAAGAUUAGUCAACUCCAGAAAGUCUUAUCUAGUACUGGAGUAGAUUCCUCUGUUUAUCACAGAGAACUUGUUCACAAGUCCGAG